AUGAACGAGAAAAAGCUAACGCUGGUGACGGAACUGCAUAAAUCUGCACGCCGGAAUUACCCGCGUCGCCGUGUAGACGUGCGCGGCAUCGACGAGACCUGGCAGGCGGAUCUUGUUGAUAUGAUGUCAUACGCAGGACAAAACAAAGGCUACAAGUAUAUGCUCACAGUCAUUGAUAUCUUUUCAAAUAAUUUUAAGGCUUCGAUCUGUGAACGGUUUGAUCGUACGUUGAGGAAUAAAAUGUGGAAACGGUUCAGUAUGCAAGAAAGCUACAAGUGGCUCGACAUCUUAUCUGAUUUAGUAUCGGCUUACAACAACACGAAACACCGAACCAUAAGAAUGAAACCAUCGGAUGUCACCGUUGCGAACGAAAGGCUGGUAUUACGUGACAAAGUUCGAACCAGCAAGUUCGAAAACGUCUUUGAAAAAGGUUACACUCCCAAUUGGACGACUGAAAUAUUCACAAUAAGCCAAGUAGAAAAUACCAAUCCUGUGACGUACAAGCUCAAAGACUACCAAGGUCAACCCAUCGCUGGUGGUUUCUACGAACAGGAGCUCCUUAAGGUGGAACAUCCGGACAUCUAUCUGGUGGAGAAGGUGCUUCAGAAGCGGAGAAAAAAAUUAUACGUCAAGUGGCUAGGUUUUGAUACUACACACAACAGUUAG